CGCCCACACAUUUAUUUGCGCAAUCGUCAAACCGUCACAAUCUGAGCUUACCCAUGCUGUGUUUCUAACCCCAGCGUCAUCAACAGGGAGCCUCCCCAGAAGCUCGAUCAAUGCGCUGAAACCCUGUCCGCUCCGCCGUGCUGCGGCUCCUCGAAACUCCAAACACUUCCUCAAAACCUCGACAACACCUCUCCCUCCCUCACAAACCUCCCGCCUCACAAACGAUGGCGGCAACAACAACAUGGCACGGCCGCGCCCACGUCCGCGGCAGCACGCAAUCCACCCGCCUCUUCCUCCUCACCUUCUCCCUCAUCGGCCUCCAAUUCUGCUGGGGCACCGAACAAACCUACGCGACCCCCUACCUGCUCGCACUUGGAUUGUCAAAAGGCGGCAUGUCGCUCGUAUGGAUCGCGGGUCCCCUAUCAGGACUCAUCAUGCAGCCGAUUAUUGGCAUGAUUUCGGAUAAGAGCACGAGUCGGUGGGGGAGACGGAGGCCGUUCAUGGUGGGGGGAACGUUGGCGGUCGCGGUGUGUUUGGUGGUGUUGGGGUGGGCGAAGGAGAUUGUGGCGUGUUUUGUGGAGGGAGCGGAGGAGAGGAGGAGGUGGACGAUUUGGGUUGCGGUGGGGGAUAUUUAUGUUUUGGAUUUUGUGAUUAAUAUUGCUCAGUCGACUUGUCGGGCCUUGGUGGUGGAUUCAUUACCGGUCUCGCAACAACAGUUGGGUGCUGCUUGGGUCACGCGAAUGGUAGGUGUUGGCCACAUGCUCGUCUUCGGAAUCGGUGCUCUAGAUCUCGAAGUCCUUAUGCCCGCCGGGCUAUUCGGCGAUACACAGUUCAAGAAAGUCUGCUCCAUUGCAGCACUCGCCAUGGUCAUUAGCCAGUUUGUCACAUGCUGGGCUGUCGAGGAGCGGACACAGGUCGCCAACAGCGACGACCCUUCAACAGAACAGCAAUCCCUCCUCUCCAUAAUAUACCAAAUCUACCACCGCCUCCUCCACCUCCCAAAACGCAUUCAAACAAUCUGCUUCGUCCAAUUCUGGUCCUGGAUCGGAUGGUUCCCUCUCCUCUUCUACGGCAGCACAUGGGUCGGCGAGAUCUACCUACGCAACCACGCACCAUCCUUCUCCGGCGACACCCUCUCACAAGUCGGUCGAGUCGGCAGCACAGCGCUGAUCGUCCACUCCACCGUCGGCUUCGCAACCUCCAUCGUCCUCCCCUGGCUAGUCACAAGUCCCGGCGACGAAGUCCCAGAAAAAGGCUUCACCCCUCGACCACCAGAGACUCUCCGCCCCUUUCUCGAGAAAUUCUCCCUCAGAAAACCCAAACUUCUCAACGUUUGGACAGCCGGCAACCUCCUCUUCGGUGUAUCCAUGCUCUUCGCCCCCAUGGUCAAGUCUGUCAGCUUCGCAACCUUCCUCAUGGCUUUCGUCGGCGUACCCUCCGCCAUCGCCGGCCUCGCGGUGGGAACAUACAUCGGCAUCGAAGUCAACAAACUCGGCAAUACCCUCCCGACCACCACCACGCACCACCACACCUCUUCCGUAGAAGAAAAGGAGAAAUUCCUCCCCACUUCCCCCUCCUCCUCAACAUCCUCGUCCUCAGCCCCCGACUCUCCCUCCGCGGAACUCUCGGGAAUCUACCUCGGCAUCCUGAACAUCUACACCACCCUCCCACAAUUCGUCGGCACGGCAAUCAGCUGGGUCGUCUUCUCAAUCCUGGAACCGGGAAAGUCACCGGAAUUGGCGAAAGAUGCCCACCCGGACGAACAUCAUGGUACGGAGGGAGUAAGUGGGAUCGCGGUGUGUUUGUUCAUUGGAGCGUUGUGUUCGUUUAUGGCGGCGAAGGUGGGUAGGGGGUUGAAGGAAGAUUGA